UAUUUGUUAUUUUUAGGUUUAAUAAACACGUAUAAUUGACGGCGAAAUUGACCUUCACUAAUCACUAUGUUAGUGUGUCUUAAACCCAAUCGCGUCUAUAGCAGCUGAUGAACUUUAUUAAAUUACUGAUCGACAAUAAUAAGUUACCUACGCGUUGUCAGUAUCAUAACGGAAUUGCCGCGUGACUGUCUAAGUGCGAGUAUACUUCAUAUUAUGUUCUUGUGUAACCGAAUGAGGAGUUAAACCUACGAAAUCAUGUUUUCUGCAACUAGAAUAAGUAAUAAAUUGUGUCCUAAUACUAUAUUGAAAUGGAUUUCCAAUAACCUACAAGAAGGAAAAGGCAUAGCAUCAUUAGCAUCAUUAUCAGAAACACAUCAAUUAUUGCACAAAACAUGCAAAGACUUUGCUGAAGGAGAACUAAAACCUAUAGCUGCAAAAACUGAUCGUGAAAAAUUGUAUCCUAAAAAACAGAUUGAAGAAAUGGGCGAAUUAGGCCUUAUGGCUAUUUGUAUUCCUGAACAUUUUGGAGGAACGGGUCUUGAUUAUUUAUCUUACGCUAUAGCCAUGGAACAGAUUUCUAGAUGCUGUGCUUCGGCUGGUACCAUAAUGGGCGUUCAUAACAUUUACGUCAAUGCCAUAAAUAAUUUUGGCAAUGAUAAACAGAAAGAAGAAUUUCUACGACCGUUUACAGAUGGAAAACAAAUAGGUUCAUUUUCCUUGAGUGAGCCAGGAUUGGGAAGUGACGCUGGUGCUGUAGCGACUACAGCUACGAAAAAAGAUUCCAACUAUAUAAUCAAUGGAACGAAAUCGUGGACUACAAAUGGUUUCGAAUCCAAAGGAUUAGUCUUAUUCGCAUCCACUGAUAAAUCAAAAAAACAUAAAGGGAUCAGUAGCUUUUUGUUGAAAAAAGAUUUUCCAGGAUUAUUUGUGGGGAAAAAGGAAAACAAAUUGGGCAUACGAGGAUCGUCAACGUGCAGUUUAGUGUUCGAAGACUGCCCCGUACCCGAAGAAAAUGUCUUAGGCGAGCUGGGAAAAGGUUUCAAUUACGCGAUGAUAACUUUAGACGCAGGCCGUAUAGGAAUUGCCGCCCAAGCUUGUGGUAUUGCCCAAGCAUCCUUGGAACUAGCUGUUGAUUACGCGUCCAAAAGAACCGCGUUCGGAGCGCCAAUUUCCAAAUUGCAAUCAAUACAGAACAAAAUCUCCGAAAUGGCAUUGAGAGUGGAGAGUGCUAGGCUUUUGACGUGGCGCGCGGCUUAUCUGAAAGACUCGAACACUUCGCACUCAAAAGAAGCUGCUAUGGCUAAAUUGGCAGCUGCUGAGGCGGCUACGUUCAAUGCGCACCAGUGUAUACAGGUGUUAGGCGGCAUGGGUUACGUGACGGAUAUGCCAGCUGAGAGGUAUUACCGCGACGCUAGGAUAACGGAGAUAUACGAGGGCACGUCAGAGAUCCAAAGGAUAGUAAUCGCCGCAAACGUGUUCAAAGAGAACGGAGUGUAGACAAAAAUAAACGAGUUAAAUAAGGUGAUUCGCCAAGCACGUUCGUCUCCAUUUUCAUUUAGUUUAAUGAAUUUAUUCAAAUUCUUAUUUAUAGAAUGCUUAGAUAUACUUAAAGUUUAUAGAUCAUAUUUUUAAAUUCUUAAAACUGUACUUCUUAAGGAGUGUCCUACACAAACCUUUGUUUUUUCAAAUGAGAACUCAUCUUUUUUACUGUAAAUUCUUUAGUGGAUGAUUUUUUGAAGAAAAAA